CGUACCUCCCACGGCCCCGCUGGCCCAGCCCCGCCAAGUUCCAAGAGCCCCCAGUCGAGCAAGCGCCGGGAACGAGCGCCGCCCGGGCAGGAGCAGACGGCGCAGACCAGCAAGGCUGCGGCGCUCGUCGGAAAGGCUCCGGGGAAACUCCCAGGGCCCCGGGGACUUUGGAGAGAGCGAGCUGUCCCCGCGCGCGCAAGUCCGCCAAGUGAGCGCUCAGCUCACCUGUUUCUCCCGCGCCACCGCCUUCCCACCCCUCGGACUCGCGCCUCCCGAGGUGCCCGCCCGCUCCCGCGAUGAAUCCGGCGCUGGGCAACCAGACCGAUGUGGCCGGCCUGUUCCUAGCCAACAGCAGUGAGGCGCUGGAGCGCGCCGUGCGCUGUUGCACCCAGGCAUCCGUGGUGACCGACGACGGCUUCGCGGAGGGCGGCCCGGACGAACGUAGCCUGUAUAUCAUGCGAGUGGUGCAGAUCGCCGUCAUGUGCGUGCUCUCGCUCACCGUGGUCUUCGGUAUCUUCUUCCUUGGCUGCAACCUCCUCAUCAAGUCCGAGGGCAUGAUCAACUUCCUAGUGAAGGACCGGAGACCGUCUAAGGAGGUGGAGGCGGUGGUCGUGGGGCCCUACUGACCGGCCCCCGGCCCCCGCGGCAGCCGCCCCAUGCCUCCCCACUUCACCAGCCGGGCCGCGCCCCCUCACCAUCCGAGACUGGGCGAAGCAAACCUGUCGGAGUCAAUUAUUUCUCUCGACUUCUGCUUUUCGGGAUGAAGCGACCCGCUUUCUCGCUGGCUCUCUGAAAGUCCCCAGGCCUGGCUAUAGAAGAGAGCCCUGACUCUGGACUCCAGCAGCAAGUGGCAAGAAGAAGGCGAUUGGGGCGCAGAACUUUGGAAGCUGCCGCUGGCGCGGGAUGCGGGGACACCGGCCGGGCCAAGGCCCCUUUCCACCCGCAGGUGGGCCAAGCUCUGGGGGCAGGUGGAGAGGGCGGGCAGGGAGAGACCAACGGCACCGCUUGCCUGGUGACUGGAAAAGUGACCCGCGUAUACUCCACUUAACCGAACUAACGGGGACACACAAAUCCGUGUCCGGCUUCGCGCCCGUUCCCUCCCGCUCCUCUCAGCCCUGGCAGGAAGGGCGAUAAAUACCUUUGAUUGAUUGUAACGUGCCGUUUUAAGGGAUCUUGUGUUUGUUUGCUUGAAUACAAAUAUUUGAUAAGUCUUUUUCCGCCCUAGUGGCCUGUUUGCCUGCCUGGGGGUUAGAGUUUUGUGUUGGGAGAAGGGGUGGGGGGAGGGGAGCCUGUGAAUGGGGUGAGUUGUUUCUUUUCAUGCAUUUCCAACUGGGUCUUUGGGGGGCGGGGGGAGGGGCUGGCCCUCCAGCUGGCCCCGGGACAAAGACUCGGAAUAGAACUCCGAGCUCGUGACUGCACGGUUUAUGCCACAAAAGUGCUCUUGACAUUCGUGACACCGUUUUGACUCCCCCCCCCCCCCUUAUUUAACAUUUCCUUAAUAAAUGCAACAUUUAAGUGUUUU